AUGUCCAAAAUCUUGUCGUCAAUCCCAGGAAAUAUGAGUAAAUCAAUAGCUAAGUACGAUACAAUUGUGAUUGGAUCAGGGUUAGCUGGAUUAACCACAACCUAUCAGUUGCUGAAAGCUGGUCAAAAGGUGGCAUUGUUAGAGAAAAGUGAAAAAUUAGGGGGUAAUUCCAUUAAAGCUUCAUCAGGUAUCAAUGGUGUUCCCACAAAAUAUCAAAAGCAGCCACUGACGGACUCCAUUGAAUCCUUUGUUCAAGAUACUUUAAAAACUGGGAAAAAUUUGAACGAUAAGAAGAUGGUUGAUAUUUUAACUAAGAAUUCACGUGAUGCUAUUUACUGGCUUAGCGAUGAAAUAAAUGUCGAUUUGUCUAAUGUUGUCUUGUUGGGUGGACAUUCGCAUGCCAGGACUCACAAGGGUGACAAGUUGCCUCCUGGAUUUGCAAUAGUUUCCGCGUUAACUAAGAAGCUUGACGGUUUCCAAGCUGAAAACCCUGAUCAACUUACAAUUUUAAAGAGUUCCACUUUGACCAAAAUUUUAACAGAAGGAAACAAAGUCAAGGGAAUAGAAUUUACCGACAGUGAAAAACAACCCCAAGAAAUGUAUGCAGACAAUGUUGUGUUGGCCACUGGUGGGUUCUCCGCUGAUUUUGACUCACCCACAUCAUUGUUGCAAAAGUACAGACCUGACUUGCUUGGAUUUCCUCUGUCAAAUGGUGCACAAACAACUGGUGACGGACAAAAAAUCGCAGAGCGUGAUGUCAAUGCCGAGUUGAUUCAUAUGGAUAAAGUUCAAGUACACCCUACUGGAUUUAUGAAAGUAUCCAAUCCUAAUGAAAAUUGGAAAUUCCUUUGUGGUGAGCUCAUGAGAGGUAUUGGUGGUAUUUUACUUUCACCGGUUACUGGUUGGAGAUUUGUCGACGAAUUACAACCAAGAGAUGUUGUUACGGAUGCAGUAUUGAAACAUUCUCAGAUCGGUCAAAACAAUGAGAUUGGGUUGAAAUCUGAUAAUGGAGAUGGCUACGGUUCUGUGAUUGUUAUUAGCGGCAACGACUACCAAAAAGCCACCACUCACAUCGAGUUCUACAAGUCCCAAGGGUUAUUACAAGAAGGAUCAAUUGAGGAUUUGUAUUACUUGUUGAUCAAAUUGAAUCCAAAAUUGCCAUUAACCCUCGACCAGUUAAAGGAUAAAUUUUCCGGUUGUGACGCGAUCAUUGAAGGUACACAACAGGAUAGUUUAGGAAGAACAAAAUUCGGGGGCAGAUUUGGAGAUUUGAAGAAAUUGUAUUUUGGAGUGACUACACCAGUUGUACAUUUCACGAUGGGUGGUAUCAAGGUUAACCCAUCAAAUGCCAAAGUUGUCACUAAAUCAGGUGAUACAAUCUCGAACUUGUUUGCUAUCGGUGAAGUAAGUGCAGGUGUACAUGGUAAUAACCGUUUGGGGGGAUCUUCCUUACUUGAAUGUGUUGUAUUUGGUAGAUUUGUUAGUGAGAAUAUACUUUCAGGCAAAAACUAG